GGUGGGACCGGCGGAAUCAGAGAUCAGUUCCGGGUUGAACACCCUCCUCUUCCUGUGUUGUGGUGCCUCAGCCUCCAGUCCGGGUAGGGUCUAUAUGUAUAUAUAUAUAUUUAUAUAUAUGAUACAUAAAGAGUCUGGAGAGCUGAACGACAGGAACCGUAGUGACUUCACACAGCGGACACCAGGAAGAACCGGGACACGUUGACGGAACACACAGCUAGACAGACACGGCGAGACGGACACGGGGCGGAGCGCGGGGUGGCCAUGACGGAUGUGGAGCAGUGUGCGGCGGCCAUGUUGGACGGCGGCCGGGAGUGGUUGGCGGAGGAGACGGACCUGGUGAGCCGACACAGAGUGGAGGAGGAGGGACGGGUGCAGCAGCAGCAGCUGCUGCAGGCGGAGCACAAGAGGACUGUUCGACAACACCAGCUCCUUCUUGAGAAGCUGGACUCUCUGAGGGUCAAGCUGCAGCUCAACGACUCCAAGGUGUCCAGGAAGAACUUCCUGCUCAGGAAACAGGAAAUGACAUCACAGAAGAACCGUGCACAGGAAGAGAACAACAGGCUGCAGACGGAGCUGGAGGAGGUGGAGCAGCGUCUGAGCCCGCUGCAGGCGGAGCAGGAGGUGGAGCAGCGGCUGUGGGAGGCGGAGCUGUCCCAGCUGACGGAGGAGAUGGAGCGGGUGCAGGCGGCGUCCCGGGAGGUGGAGCAGCGCGCGCUGGAGGACGGGGUGGUGUUGGUGGAGAGGCAGAGAGAGGCCACCAUGGCCUCCAUGGAGUUCUGGCUCAGGGAGGUGGGCCAGUACCUGCAGGCCCUUCAGUUGGACCCCAGUCCGUCCCGCCUACAGGAGCGGCUGCACUGGGAGCGGCAGGAGGCGUCUGUCCGGAGGAGGCGGGACCAGCUGCCGGUCCACUUCCAGGGGCUGCUUCAGCAGCUGGGAGAGGGGGGGGCCCUGGAGGCCCCCCCUGGGGCGGAGGCCCUGCCGGCGUUGGACCUCCCGGCGUUGGACCUCCCGCCCCUGCCCAAGGUCCCCACGGCGGAGCUGAUCAUCAGUCAGAUCCUGCUGUCUCUGGAGCAGGCCGCCUUCCUCCCACCUCCUGCUCACCCCCUGGCCCCGCCCAGAAGCCCGCCCCCUCCUCGCAUCACCCCGCCCACCGGCCACCAAACCCCGCCCCCUCCUCGCAUCACCCAGCCCACCGGCCACCAAACCCCGCCCCCUUCUCGCAUCAUCCCGCACAGCGGCCACCAAACCCCGCCCCCUCCUCGCAUCACCCCGCACACCGGCCACCAAACCCCGCCCCCUUCUCGCAUCACCCCGCACACCGGCCACCAAACCCCGCCCCCUUCUCGCAUCACACCGCCCACCGGUCACCAAACCCCGCCCCCUUCUCGCAUCACCCCGGUCACCGGCCACCAAACCCCGCCCCCUUCUCGCAUUACUCCGCCCACCGGCCACCAAACCCCGCCCCCGCACUCCGGUCCGGUCGGUAAACUGGAUCUACUGCUGGACCACCUGGCUGCCAAGUUCCCACAAUGCAGCAGGGCCCAUCUGAUGGUCGCUCUGCAGCACAUCAAGUGCGAGCGGGGGACCAUGGCCGGCCUGUCGCGGGACGAGCUGACGGAGCAGGUGGGCCUGAAGCUGGCCCCUGCCCCCAGGCCCGCCCCCAGGCCCGCCGCCCGCAGCUUCUGCCUGAUGUGCCAGCACCCCGUGGAGCCGGCGGCGCGCCAGCCGCUGGCCUGCGCCCACUGCGUCCACCGCCAGUGCAUCAGUGUCUGGCUAAGCUCCAGCGGCAACAACAGCUGCCCCUUCUGCCCCGCCCACUGAGGGCUGCCCCGCCCACUGAGGGCUGCCCCUGCUGCCCCGCCCACU